AUGGGCCUUAUUUCAAUUGUUUCAGCUAUCGCUGUGAGAGUGGUACUUGCAGAAAAACAAUACUUGCGCUUGGAGCACCCCAGACAUGACAAAAGGAAUACAAUACAGAAAACCACGAUCUCAACAGUUGACUUUUAUAUAAAAGUUCCAGCUUCCGCACUAGAAUUAAAAAAUGGUGUUCAAGCAAAUACAUAUAAUUCAAUAAUUGUAAGGUCAAGUUCACACAGAAAAAGAAAGCAAAGGAGUAACGAGUCUAAUCAAAUUUUCGGCAAUUUAGAUGAAGGCCUUUUACGAUUUAGACGUGAACUGGGACCAUCCAAUAUCAUAAUCACUCAACAUUUUACGGAAAAAAUUGUUACUCCAGGAGAAGAUAUAAGCUUAGAAUGUACAGCGACAGCAGAUAAACCGCCACGUUUUAUUUGGGAGAGAGAUGGCGUUGUGAUAUCCUCAAACACGGAUUCCAGAUACAUUCUGGGACAAAUGAUGUCAUCGACAGGAAUUGGUGUCAUCUCACACUUCAAUAUAACCAGAGCUAGAGUUGAAGAUGGUGGCUUGUUUUCUUGCGUUGCGUAUGAAGGGGACUCUAGCACAAGCCACGUAGCCCGUGUAGAUGUUUUUGGUCCGCCUUACAUUAGAACCUUACCGCCUAUCAAAGUACAAAGUGGGCAACCAUUGAAAUUACGUUGUCCGUACUACGGAUAUCCCAUAAGUAAACUUGAAUGGGAACAUAAAGGGAAAAAAAUAGUCAAUUCGAUGCUACCUCAACAUUCACGGUAUAAACGCUUUGUUAUCGAGAAAGGUCGAAAAAAUGUGAAAAAGAAAAGAAAGAAACGACAACUAUUUGAACCUGUGGAAGAUGGUGUGCUCAAUAUACCUAGAGUGCUCAAAGAACAGAAUGGAGCCAUGUACACAUGUAUUGUUUAUAGUCCGUCUGGUGAAAUGGCUAGAAGAUCAUUCGAAAUUCAAGUAGUGGAAGCUCCAGCGUUAGAUGAACUCCGCGUUGGUACGGGCCUAAAAGAAGGACAAAUAGUACAAAUUACAUGCAAUAUUAUAAGUGGAGAUCCGCCUAUAUUUUUUUCCUGGCUAAAAGAUGGGAUGAAGAUUCCAGCAAGCUUAAAAAUAAAUGAACGAAGUUCCGAGUUAUUUAGCGUCUUAAUAAUAAAAAGAGUUUCGUUAGAGCAUUGUGGCAAAUAUACGUGCAUAGCAACAAAUCAUGUUGGAAAAGUCAAUCAGACGGCGGAUCUGUACAUAAAUGUUGCUCCAAAAUGGGUAGAAGAACCUACCAAUACAUCUUUAUUAUUAGGCCAACGUGGUGUAAUAUAUUGUAACGCAAAUGGAUAUCCUACUCCCCAGAUUCAUUGGAUGAAGAGAGAUGCUACUCUUGGAAUAUGGCGACCAGUUCUUGACCUGGCUGGUGGAGGUGUUAUUAGUUACCCAAAUGGCACACUUAUUAUUGAAGUGGUGUCACUGUCUGAUGAAGGGGUUUAUGCAUGUAAUGUUGAGAAUGGCGUUGGGGAAGCGCUGAAUAAGAAUUUGUGGAUAAGUGUUAAUAAGCCGGUGCAUUUUGAAUCUGUGGGAACUAACCUAACAACCAAACUAGGACUACCUGUUUCGUUACCUUGCCGGCCGCUUGGAGACAGUCCUAUCAGGGUUAAGUGGACCGUUAAUGGAAAACCAGUGGACUUUGCUAGUUCCAGGAUAACAGUAUCGGAAAGUGUGACUCCAAAUGGUAUUAAAAGUACUAUUAAUAUUAAUUACGUUGAAAGUAGAGAUGGCGGGAUUUACGAGUGUAGAGCAAGCAACCCCUAUGGUGUGGCAACUUAUGUAAUUCACCUCAAUAUUCUUGAGCCACCGACCCCACCUUUAGAUUUACAAGUGGAUUCAGUAACAAGUAAUUCAGUGAAAUUGUCAUGGAGGGAUACCAUCAGUGCGCAUGUACAAUAUUAUACAAUUCAAUAUUCAACGAACGACUACAUGCUUUGGGAUUCAGGAAAAAAUAUAAAUAUUACGAGACAAGAAAACGAUAUACGACAAAGCAUAGAGCUACGAGACCUUCAACCUGCAGUAGACUACAGAGUACGAAUAGCUUCAGGAAAUCAAGUAGAUCUAAGCCCGUAUACACCACCUGUACAUUUCACUACCAUGCAACAAGCGCCUUCAUCGAGUCCGUUAAGCGUCCAAGUUCAAUCCACGGACAAUCCAGGAGAGCUGAUCGUGUCAUGGAUAACUCCACCAAGAGAUACACAUAAUGGCCCUCUGCAGGGAUAUCACGUGAAAGCAGUCCCGAGAAUUAGUGGUGAAUCAGGUCUCAACGACACGUAUACUAAAAUGGUAAAAGUGACACCGCGAAAUGGAAAACAAGAGACUAUUCUAAGUGGACUUCUAAAAAAUACAAGAUACGCCGUAUCGGUCAGUGCUUUCAAUUCAGCGGGUACGGGACCAUAUUCUUUGCCAGUUUAUCAAACUACGAGAGAAGGAGCACCUGAGCAUCCACCCGCUUCCGUUGAAUGUCGUGGAGUAUCUUCCUCAUCCUUGCGGGUAGCUUGGCAGCCUAUUACUGCACAAGGAACUUCUCUACUUGGUUACACCAUACAUUACAGCACUGAAGAUGGUCCAUGGCUCAAUUUGACUUCACCGCACUCAGAGCUCUAUUUGCAGGGACUACUCAAAUAUACAAAUUAUACAAUAAAAGUGGCUGGUUUCUCUAGCUACGGCGUGGGGCCGUUCUCUUACCCCGUCGUCUGCACUACGUUACAAGACGUUCCUGGCCCACCAUCGGCUAUUAAGCUCCUAGUUUCAUCGCCUACGUCGCUUCUUGUAAGCUGGAAGAAGCCAGAUCAGCCUAAUGGUGAAAUCACUCAUUACACAGUCUACGUGAAGCCUGUUUCAAGUACUGGUGCUCCUCAAAACUAUAGAAUUGAUGCAACGCAAGAAUCCAACCUGUCCCGUCAGUUCACAUUCCCUCUCACUGGUCUAUCUACGGGGAGACAAUACGAAGUGUUCGUGAGAGCUCACACUCCAGCGGGUGAAGGUUCACCAAGCAACAGAGUGCAUGCAGAACUAACUACCAAAGUGGUAGCCGGCGUGUCGUCUCUGGGCGGACCCGUGUCGGUGGGAGUGGGCAGCUCCCUGCUGCUUGCCUGCGCCUGCGCGGGGUCACCACCACCACGCACCGUGUGGUAUCACAACAAUAAUAUUAUCACACACCACCCAAGAUUUACUAGGAAUCAUGACGAUAGUCUCCUUAUUAACAAUAUUGAUCAAUCGCUAAGCGGAAAUUAUACGUGCUUAGCCAAAAAUCUCUAUGGUUCUGACUCCGUUUCGUACGAAGUUUCUGUAUUACCUACACCUGAACCCCCGAGCCUGAGAGUAACCUCGCAUAAGAAUGCACUUCAUCUACAAUGGGACCCACCUAGAAAAGUAAAUGGGAAAGCACAAAAGAUCAGCUAUAACCUGACAUGGAAAGAAGCAAAUGUUUCAUGGCAAGACUCUUGGUCCAACAAGGGUACAUCCAUUCGCGAUGUGUACGAGUUCACGCUGCAGGGACUCAAGUGUGGCACCAAAUAUUCCUUGAGAAUGACAGCAGCUAACAGUGUUGGAUCGUCUCAGCCUUCAUACGUUGAUGCCACAACUUUAGGAGGAGUACCAAUAGCACCGUCAACGACAGAGUGGUUUUGGAGUAAUGCAAGUCACAUUUACAUUCAACUGAGCGGAUGGGAUGACAAUGGAUGCGAAAUAACUAAAUGGGAAGUUGAUUACAAGGAAUAUGGCGGAAAAUUAUGGAGGAAAGCAGAGAAUAAGCUGCCGCAAACAGACCAGACAUGGAAUCAUUACAUUGUGUCGUCCAUAUUGAAUCAACCUAACACAUUCGUUAUUGCCGACCUGUCACCCGCGCAAUGGUAUCAGAUCAAAAUUGUUGCAGAAAACGCAGCUGGAAUUUCGACAUCACUUUAUACGUAUGCUACGACUACUAGUUUGGGAGAAUCUAUCGGUCCUCCGUCCGACUUCAUCGACCUCAAUAUGUUAGUUAUAAUUUGCAGUUCCAUUCUUUUGAUGUUAUGCUCGCUGACAUGUGUUUACAUUUUGGUUAAAAGGCAUAAUCACCAAAGGCUGACCGAGUAUCGUAACUCCCUGACAGCGGAAUGCAAAUCAGAACGUAGUAAUGCAACAGUUAAUACGCCUCAAAGCGUGCCAAGUGAUGCCAAUAACCGAGUGUAUAGUACCCCUGUACAUCUGACUGCGGAAAAUAAGCAUGAGCUCUACGAAAUAAGUCCCUACGCACAGUUUGCGAUCGGAUUCCGUACGUUCGGACACGUUGAUAAUCAAGAAAUUCCAAGUAGGAUCCACAUACCCGGUAAUAGCAAGUCUAGAUAUGACAGCGAAACCAGCUUCCAAAUGAGAUCAGAAUCUGAAGAAAGCGACUGUGUCUCACGAACUACAACUUUGAAAAGUAUUCCAAGGAAAGCCUGCAGAAUACCACAUCACAGGUAG